UACCGAUUGUGCCAAUUUUUUUUAUAACCGGCAUUUAGAGGUUAUGGUACAUUUGCUUGGAUUAGGCAAGUUUCCUUGUCUGAGUACAUUUGUAAUCGUUGAAAAUUAACAAAAUGUUUUCGAGACAACUUUUAAAUACAUGUAGAACUAUAUUAAGGCAACCCUCAACUGUUGAUUUGAUUCAAAACAACACAUUUCGGUCUGUAACCGUACGACACAGAUCUUACACUCCAAUAAACACAAUUGUUAUGUUUGUGCCACAACAGGAAGCUUGGGUUGUUGAGAGAAUGGGGAAAUUUCACAGGAUACUUGAACCCGGCUUAAACGUAUUAAUUCCAAUUGUAGAUAGGGUAAAAUAUGUUCAAAGUUUAAAAGAAAUAGCGGUCGAUAUUCCCAAACAAAGUGCCAUCACAUCAGACAACGUCACACUGAAUAUUGAUGGUGUACUAUAUUUAAGAAUAAUAGACGCUUAUUUAGCAAGUUAUGGUGUUGAAGAUCCCGAAUUUGCAAUAACUCAAUUAGCCCAAACCACAAUGCGAUCAGAAUUGGGCAAAAUAUCCCUAGAUAAAGUUUUCCGGGAGAGGGAAAAUCUGAAUGUCUCCAUAGUAGACUCAAUAAACAAGGCAAGCGAAGCGUGGGGCAUGACCUGUUUGCGUUAUGAAAUCCGUGACAUCAAAUUGCCCCCAAGAGUCCAAGAAGCCAUGCAAAUGCAAGUGGAAGCUGAACGCAAAAAACGUGCUGCUAUUCUCGAAUCUGAGGGUGUCCGCGAGGCUGACAUCAACGUCGCUGAAGGUAAACGAAAAUCGAGAAUUCUAGCUUCUGAGGCCGAGAGACAAGAGCAAAUCAACAAAGCUGCCGGAGAGGCAGCUGCGAUUUUAGCCGUUGCUGAGGCACGAGCCGGGGGGCUGAAACUAGUAGCUGAGGCUCUUAAAAAGGACUUGGGUCCGAAUGCAGCUUCUUUGAGUAUAGCAGAACAGUAUGUAAAUGCGUUUGAUAAGUUGGCGAAGACAAAUAAUACGCUUAUUUUGCCGUCAAAUGUUGGGGAUGUCUCGAGUUUGGUGGCACAGGCCAUGUCAAUUUACUCAACGAUCUCAAAAUCGCAAGGCAAUGUUAAUGUGAAAAAAAUCGAUGAUUGUUUGAAUUCUUCCCAAAAUGAUUUGGCGGAACUGUUCAGUGAUGACGAGGAAAGGAAAAAGCACAAAGAUAGCAAAAAUCAACCAUCGCUUCCUCUCUUUAAAUAGAUUUAUUGUAUGUUUUGAUAUUCAUUAUUGUAGAGAACAACAUCAAUUAAAUUAUUUUAUAAUUGA